UGAUCAUUUCAGGAAAAACGAAACUCAAAAACUCUCUCUCUCACUCUCUCUCUCUCUCUGGCUGAGUUUGUCAGUGCAAGAAAAUGGCAGAGGCCAGUAUUUUAGUAGAUCAGGAUCAGUUUAUUUGUUCAGUGUGUCUGGAUCUCCUGAAAGAUCCAGUGACUAUCAACUGUGGUCACAGUUUCUGUAAGGUGUGUAUUAAUGGCUUUUGGGAUGAGGAAGAUAUAAAAGGUGUCUACAGCUGUCCUCAGUGUAGAGAGGCUUUCACUCCAAGGCCUGUUCUAUGCAGGAACAACAUGUUGUCUGAAAUAGUGGAGAAACUGAAGAAGACUGAAGUCCAAGCUACUUCUCCUGCUCACUGUUACGCUGGACCUAAAGAUGUGGGAUGUGAUUUCUGCACCGGGAGAAAACGCAAAGCCGUCAAGUCCUGUCUGGUGUGUCUGGCAUCCUAUUGUGAAGAUCAUCUUCAACCUCACUAUCAGUCUCCUGUCUUUAAGAAGCACAAGUUAGUGGAAGCAUGUGCAGAUCUCCAAGAGAAGAUCUGCUCUCAGCAUGACAAACUCAUUGAGAUCUACUGUCGUACUGACCAAAGCUUCAUCUGCUAUUCAUGUACAAUGUUUGAACACAAAGGUCACAAUACAGUUGUAGCUGAGGACGAACGAAAUCAAAAACAGAAAGAACUAAAAAUUGAGCAGGAACAAUCCCAGCAGAGGAUCCAGGAAAAUCAAAAAAAGGUGGAGGACCUGAAACAGACUGUGGACAAUAUAAAGAGGCAUUCACAGAGAGCAGUAAAGGACACUGAGACAAUCUUUACUGAGCUGAUCAGCCUUAUGGAGAAAAAGCGCUCGGAGGUGACGGAGCUGAUCAGAGCUCAGGAGAAAGCUGAACUGAGUCGAGCUGAACGACUUCUGAAGCAACUGGAGCAGGAGAUUGCUGAUCUUAAGAGGAGAGUCACUGAGCUGGAGCAGCUUUCACACACACACGAUCACAUCCACUUCCUCCAGAGUUUCCCGUCUCUCUGUGUUUCUCCUGGAUGUGAGGACUCACCCAGCCUCACUGUCAAUCAACAUCUCUCAUUUGAUGGAGAAAGGAAAUUUCUCAUAGAUCUAAAAAAACGAGUCGAGGAAAUAUAUCAGGAGGAAUUUAACAAAAUAGUACUACAGGAUUAUUCUUAUCUGACUCUGGACCCCAAGACAGCACAUCAGAAGCUUAGCCUGGCUGAGAACAACAGAUCAGCGGCCCACGAAAAGAAAAAACAAGGAUACUCUGAUAAUCCAGAGAGAUUUGACCACUGGGUUCAAGUGUUGUGUAAGGAGAGUGUGUGUGGGCGCUGUUACUGGGAGGUGGAGUGGAGUGGUGAGUAUGUGUACAUAUCAGUCUCAUAUAAAGAGAUCGGCAGGAAAGGAGGGAGUAUUGAGAGUGCGUUUGGACGCAACAGACAGUCCUGGGUGCUGCAAUGUUGUCCUUCCUCUGUCCGUUUCCGGCACAACGACAUUGAGACUAAUCUUCAAGGUCAAGCAUCCUCCAGAAUAGGUGUUUAUGUGGAUCACAGUGAAGGAAUUUUGUCCUUCUACAGCGUCUCUGACACGAUGAGUCUCCUCCACACAGUCCACACCACAUUCACUCAGCCUUUGUACGCUGGGUUCUGGGUAUGGAGUUAUGACUCAUCUGUGAGGUUAUGUGAUCCAAAAUUUAAGGUAGAUAAUAGUGAUAAAAGUGAUGAGAGCUUAAAUGAACUCUUUCUAGAUCAUAAUCAAGAAUUCAUAUAUGAAUGGUAGUGGAAGUAAGAGAAAGAGGUGUAGGAGUGGACAAACUAUUAGUAGUAGAAGAAAGAGGAUGUUGA